AACUGAGAAACGGACUACAGAUGAAGCUGGAAUCCUCAAAAACGAGAGAAACAGAAACCUCGAACCUUUAACCCUUAUUGUCCGGAACCACAUUUUUACUCUUCUAAUCUCUACUCUCUAAACAUAUACUACUUCUAUUUCUCAAAAUUAAUCUCCAUUUUUGUUUCUCUUUUUUAUCUUCCCUCUAGUGUCUACUUGUAUCAGCUACUUAACCUUUUGUGCGCAUGCUUCUCUUUCUUCUGUUAACAAUCUCUCUCGAGCCCCUUUCACCGUCAGUGACAACAGAGAGAAUCACAGUAAUAAUUUUUACACAAAAAAGAUUUCUCUUCUUCUCUUAUCAUCUCUCUUUCAAUCACUUCUCGUCACUAUCGUUUUGCUUUUGUCUCCUUUCACUUUUUUAAACUCCCAAUUGCGAAUAUUACCCGUUGAGUUCUCAUUUCGUGACACUUCAACUUUUUCCAUUCUUCUUAAAAAGCUCUGUUUCUUUCUUUCUUUCUUCUUCCACUGUUGUGUACCAUUGUCGUUUUCUUGAUUCUCCACCUGUCUUCUUUCUUUCCUUAUUCGUGUUCACUAAGCUUUUUUUCUAAUCUUGUUGUACAUUCAUCUCUCAGAGAUUCCCCAAAUUCACAAAAGCUGAGAACUCAAAAAGAGAGAGUUUUGUUUCUCUGGUUGUUUGAUUAUGUGAUAAAGUUUUGGAAUUUGAGGCAAUGUGUCUCUAAAGGAGACUUUUUUACAGUGUUUGAGAUUUCUCUGAAACUUGUGGGGUUUGUUAGGGUUUCGUGAUGACAGGAGAGUUACAGGAGACGACGGCGCCGUGUGCGGCUAUAACAGAGAAACGACCAAAUCGACUCGGUGGUUGUGUCGGUGUUUUCUUCCAGCUCUUUGAUUGGAACCGACGCUUUGCUAAAAAGAAACUCUUUUCUCGCAAAUCACUUCUUCCUGGGAAACAAGUUUCGAAGAGGUUUGGAGGAAAUGAGAAGAUGUUAAAGUCUAAGCUUAAUCUGAUUGAUGAUGAGAACAGAGGAAGUUUCCCAAAUCGGAAUGAAGUUAUGGAGGUUAAAAAGCAUGAAAUGAGAUCUCCUAGUUUAGUAGCACGUUUAAUGGGACUUGAAUCAAUGCCAUCUAAUCAUAGAGACAAAGGGAAGAACAAGAAGAAGAAACCGUUGUUUUCGCAGAUUCAAGAUACCGAUAAAUGUGACUUGUUUGAUGUGGAAGAAGAAGAAGAAGAUAGUGGUGUUGAUAAGUUAAGACCACAGAAGAUGCAGAGAACGACAGGAGUUUGUGAUAGGCGUGUUGCGGUUAAGAAGUUUGGUUCUGAAGCGUUGCAGAUUAAGAAUGUUUUGACUAGAGUAAGGAAACAUCAUCAGUAUAAUCAUCAGCAUCAGAAACUAGCUUCUCCUGUUAGAAGUCCGAGGAUGAAUAGAAGAAGUUCUAGGUUGAUUGAUGCUGCUGCUAGGAUUCUUGAGCCGGGGAAGAGAAAUGCGAAAGGCGCUAUUGCUUAUCCUGGUUCUACGGGGAUUAGAAGGUUCGAAAAUGCUGCGAAAGAACCGGUUGUUUCACCCGAGUUUCAAUGUGGUUAUAACAAUAGUGUUGCUUCUUGUAAAUCUUGUGGUAGUUUGGUUGAUGUGAAUGGUUCGAUUCAGGUAGUUCAAGACACUGGAAACAACAUGGCGUGUGUUUCUGAAUCAACGCCUUUUCAACGGAGUAAAAGAAAUGUGUUUUGGAGAAAUGAAGAUUCAUCUGUGUCUGUUUCUGGUAAAGACAGUACUGAUCAAAUGGUGAAGAAAGCUCUACACCGUGCUCAAUUUAAGGAUGAAAUGUCGCUGCCGGGUUAUAGAAACAGAUCCGAAUAUCAUAAGAAGGUGUUGCAUAGAGAGGAAAGGUUUCCUCCGGAAGCUCGAUCUUUCGCCUUACCGAGUAAAAGAAGUUGUUCUUCACCUGCUAAUGCUAUCAACAGUAAAGAGAAGGACUUUAUAGCUAUGAAUAGAGGUUCAACUAGUAGGAGUCAUCACUCGAAGUCCCCGGUUAAAUUUGAAAACUCUGAUUUGAAUCUGCAGAGAAAAUCUCAUACUAGAGUUGAGGAGUCUUGUAAUAGAUCAGGAUUAAGUACACCUGGACGGAAGAGGAGGCUAGCUUGUGAAAGUGGUCAUGGACGAGGAAGUAGUUCUAUGAGUCCAGUGUCAAGAAGAUUGGAUAGUGAAUACUCUUGUGCUUGUAGUAAUGAAACUGCAUUUUCAUCACUGAAACUUGGUUCCUCUAAUAGACAUUAUAGCCAAUGCUGUAGAGAAACCAAAGAGAGAAGAGGAGUUCAACGCGUUCCCAGACCAUCCUUUACGAAAAGGCCACUGCUUGAUGUAGGCACUCUCGGGUUGAUUCAGCAAAAGUUGAAAGAAUUGGCUUCUCAAGAAGAAGAUGAGGCCAAUGGAGAAAGUGGUUUUCCCAAUAAACCAGCUUCUUUGAUUCUCCAUGAAUUGCUAUCUUCUUUAGCUUUGCAGCAGCAGCCUUAUGUUCGAGAUAUCGAUAUGCCUUAUCGGAGAAAAGGCAAAACAGAGUUUUGGAGUUCCAUUGGAAAUGCAAACAGUGAGUACACUAGCCCGGGAUCUGUACUCGAUGCAUCUUUCUCCAAUGAGAGCUGCUUUUCGAACAGCUUCGACAAUAUCUCAGUUCCAGGACAAAUGAGGCUACCUCUAGAGCCUAUAGAACCAGAUUGGGACAUUCUUGAAGAUUAUGCGACUUCAUUCAAGAAUUCAACAAGUGAUGGUAAUUAUCAGGCGAUCGCAAGUCUUAUCAGCCAUGUCUCGAACGUCCUGCGAUGUUUAAGCAACACCGGUCUCAUAUUAACGCAGCAGAGAUUCACAAUUGCUAGAGAAGUCAUUAUCCACACGGAGCUAUUAGUUGGUACCACUACUACACAAGAGAACUACCUCAUUGGACCAGAACUCUUCGACGAACUCAUGAUCUACGCAGCUCGUUCUGACAAUCUAGUCAAUCUCCCUGGACUAACUGGAGGGUUCCUAGUAGAUGCCAUGAUCGAACACUUGGAAGAAACAAACAUUUCCUGCGGAUUGUUAAAGCCAUUGACUGCUAAACAAGACGAGCUGAUUCGAGGUGUUAUUGAAGAAGUUCCAAAGUGGGCUCGGGUUAAUAUGGAUGAGGUUAUCGGUAUCGAAAUGGAUCUUGAAACGCAUUUGUUUGGAGUUGGUUCAGAGAUUGCUUAUGAGAUUCUUCGGUGUUUAAUCGGAGAGUUAGCAACCGAUCUUUACUGGUGA